UAUUAGAGCAGUACAUUGCAGUAGUGUUCAUACUGUCAGUAAUAUUCGCUAGGAAACAUGGAAUAUAAGAAUCUACAUCUGUUGAUCUUGGCACUUGCCGUGAUCCAUGUCCAAGCUGCACCGGAAAGGACUACAGAGACAAAAGACUUGGCCGCAGAAAUAGACGAAUUAAUUGACGACGGAGUAACACAGAUGACAAACAUGAUGAUGAAUACACCGAUCAUGCAAAAUAUUUCACAUAUAGUUAGACAAAUAUUUACCGAAAUUUCCAAGAAUUAUCCCAAGAAUAUAUUAAUUGCAAUACAAAACCGUGUCAAAAGUAUGUUCGAAGAUCAAGCAGGAAUAAUGAAGAAUGUCCUCAAGUUUAUAACGGAUUUAUUCCUUGUGAUGUCAUCUAUAAUGCCUAAUAUGACGCCUAAUAUAAUUCCUAUGAUGCGUGAAAUUAGUAGUAUCAUGGGUCUAUUAGGUGGUUCUGGUACCAAUAGUAAUGGCGGUGGUACUGGUGGUAAUGAUGGUAUUUCACGACCGGGUAGAUAGUUAUACACGAGAGCUCGGCAGUAGUGAUGGAAUUUCUUGGUCAGACAGUUAUCUAACUGCGUUCAGAAGCAGUGGAUAAAUGCCUGUGGUCAGACACAAGGGAUAAGCUCCUGCGGUGAGACAAGCUAAAGCUCUCUCUGCGUCGCCGAAGAAUAGAAUUUGGCGUAAAAUAGGGUUACACAAGCGUAGUUACAUCAGGUAAAUGUAUCAUUCGAUAUAAGUAUAUUGUCCUACGAAAGUCGAGUAUAGUUUAGUACUUUAAAUGUUCACUCAAAUAUCGCUGAUUGUCAUUUAAAAUUACCAGCUCUAUAAUACGCAUUUUAUGUAAUUUGACUUGCAUUUUUGUACAACAUUUAUACGUUAUUACGAAAAUUACAGAUAUCAUAAUUAAGCUAGUUAAUAAGAGAAACUCCAAUUAGCUAUAUUUAUUAUCUACUCAUAAUUUUACAUUAUUGUGUAUUAUUAUUUUUGUUAAUGUGGGUAUAUGAGACGUGCUUACAUUUCCAUUUAUACAAAUGUAUAUUCCGUCAAAUAAAAUACGUGAUUUCUUGUAAUUCACGUCGGCUCGUGUUACAUUAUCUUAUAAUUUAUUCAUCUUCUCAUGAGUUCGUAAUUAUAUUCGCUAUAAUCUAUCCUAAAAUCUAUCCUAAAGUAAUAUUUGGCAAGUUAUAUCAAGACAGUUAUAAUGUGCACGCUCAUACAUAUAUAAGCAAACAAUAUGUGAGUGAGGAAACGUGCAAGUCACAAAUGUAAUAAUAUGAAAAUAGAUUCAUGCGGAAACGAGAGCUACGUGUCUGCUGACACGACAUCGGCUGAGCAAGAAACGACAGCCAAACCGAAACACGUCACGGCGAUAACGUCUCAAUCUCGCGUUUGCGAGAAAUUGUAUCUAUAUGCACGUUUAAAGUCUCCUUCAAUGUUACACGUCUGUUACAUUGAAGGAGACUUUAAACGUGCAUAUAGAUUGUUGCAUAUAGAGUAUUGGUGUCAGACCGCAGAAAUUGACAACUUUUUAAAUUCCACAAGUUGAACGAUCAAGCUUUGCAGAUUCGAUCAGUUAAAACAAUAUCUUGGAUUGAACCGUCGACAAGUCCUGUCCCAAGAAUAACGUGGACGCGAAGCAGUCUAAGAAAGAUUGAUAAGCUCAAUUGGGGUAUCUGCCGAUUGAGAAUAUCGUCACGCGAGCGAUACUUGAGAAUCGUUAAGACCCCGACGGAUUCGCGCAUUCUCUAAAUCAGAAUCAGUAUAUUAUUAUUAAAAAACAAUAAAUAAUCUAAUAUAUGCAAUAUUUAUUAUCAAUACAUUUUUUUCUGAUAAUGAUAAAUAAGAACACAUGCAUCAAAAUCAAAAUCAGUGUAUUAUCAUUGAAAGACAGUGACUAGCCGCUGAUGAUCGUAGGUAAGUAUAGCGCUGCAUCACAAUAAGAUUCCACUGAUUCCGAUUUAGAAAUCAGCAUCGUCGCGAAAGUAUUUUCGUGGGAUCGAGAUUCUAUUUACAUCGGACAAUCACGCGCGGCACGCGUGAUACGAGACGAGGCGAUACGGCAUACGGAGAUCCCUUGAACCUGGGGAAAAGGUUAAACGGCCGGGUAUGAUAGCGUCUCGUUUAUUGGAUCCUCCUCUCGGAAUGAUCGACCCCGCUAACGCCACGAUUUCUUUUGGACAACAUCGAACGUCACGAUCUGCGCAAGGAUCGCGAAUCCAUCCGUCCCGUCCGUGCAUUAACAAACGAAACUCAGGGCAAAGCACGUGAUUGCCGACAAUGAUUCAUUCCCCCUUUUCGCAAUCUUUCUCACCAUUGAGCAACACGCGGUCCUUAUCGCUACUCUCUAAAUCAGUGCAUUAUUCGUUGAUUUGCAAUGCUAAUACACUUAUAAUACUUGAUCGUUAGUGAAUAUUUAUUUUGUCUUUCGAUUAGAGAAGGUAUUCUUACUGAUUGGAAUCGGUGUAUUAUCAUCGAAAGACAGUUCAUAUAUUACUAAUAUAGUUCUUGAAACAUUGAAAUCAAUAGAAUUCUGCUUUAAAGAGUGCAACAAAAUUACUUCUGAAUUACUUUGAAUUUUAAACAAACAUUGUCGAAUGGCGACGAAGCUAUAUAUAUAUAAAAUACGGCACUGUGCUAAUAAUCUCACUAUGUACAACUCUAUUUGGGCCUCGACUUGAACGAGUCAAUACUAGUUCUUUCCAGCCGACGAACUCUUUACACGUCGAGUGAUAAACGGCGAAAAUAAAACGAGACAAGCUUUUUACGCAAUGGACUGUGCAGGGCGAUAAUUAGUUCCAAUCGUUUCUGAAAAGUUUCACGGGCGGAAUCAAGUGCAAAAAACACGAGUAAAUGUUUGACAUGAGCAUUUCGAAAAUGAGAAAAGUAGAUUGGGCGCCGGGUUACAGACGGACGAUUAUGACGGAAAAUUUCCUAGUUUGCUUUACCAUUCAUAUAGCAGGGCAUUCGCGACGGUCAUAGCAUAGCGGCAUUUUAAUAACGGAGUACUGCACGAUAAUGUAUUAAAGAUAGUUUCGCAGCAGCAAAUUCAUCGUAAAUUUAUAAAA